AUGUUAGACGAAAAAGAAUUUCACCACCUUGUUGGCGGCCCCUUUACGGUCCUUGAAUCUGAUCCAGGCGUCUUCACGACUCUAAUUCGCAAACUUGGUAUUCGUGGUCUUGAAGUAACAGAAAUAUACGACAUCGAGCCUUGGGCUGUAGACCAUCUGAGCCCUCAUGGUCUGAUCUUUUGCUACUUAUGCACGGACGAAAAGAACGGCACGAAACGCUACGACAACAUUGACGACCCUGAUGCGGAGCGUGUGUGGUUCGCGAACCAGCUCAGUAAUGAUGCGUGUGCAACGCAAGCCAUCCUUAAUGUCCUUUUGAAUUGUCCGGGCAUAGAGCUAGGUGAUGAGCUGCAGGACUUUCGUGUUGAAACAGAACACAUGUCAUCCGUGAUGAAGGGCCUAGCCAUAUCUGGAUCCCAUUUUAUACGAAAAGCACACAACUCUUUAGCACGACCCGCUGACAUACGAGGCUCUAUUCAAUCUAUCGCUGCAGCAACGUUAGAAUCCAACAAAACGAAAAAUGCUCCACCGGCAAAGAAGCAACGAACAGCUACCUCUUCUGCGACGCACAAAAAAAAGGCAGCAGAGAGCACCGAGAAUCAGCAGGAUAUGUACCACUUUAUUGGGUAUGUGCCAGCACACAAUAAGGUCUGGGAGCUGGACGGGUUGCGCCGAUCUGCUCUCGAAGUGGGCGAACUCGCCCCUCCCGAUGAUGCCUCUGAUGGCAGAGCGGGUUGGAUAGACGUUGUGCGUCCAGCUCUACGAAUGCGGAUGCAGAGAUCACUCGAAGAGGAUGGUAAUAGCGCCGGCCACAUCCAAUUCAAUUUGCUGGCCAUUGUGAACGAUCGCUAUCAGGUAGUCAGCGAUGAAUUGGAGAUGCUGAAGCGAGAACGCAAUGCGCUUGAGAGACGACUUGCAGAAGUCUACGAAGAAGGUUGGACGGAGAAGGUAGACCAGACGCUACUCGCCAGCGCUUCUGAGACCUUUGUGACUUCCGUUCGACCGUCGCCAGAGGGUAAAAUCUUCGGCCAGGACUUUGGGUCCAGAAAGAUGGAAAAAGAAAUAUCCAUACUGGACAUGCCAGCUCGCAAGCUGCCAGAAGCAUGGGAGGCUUGUAUUCGUGCGGCGCUUUCCGCUAAACUUGCUGUUGAGGAGGAGAUCGCGAAGUCGGCGAACGCACAUACGGAAGAAAUCAAACGCACAUUCGAUUAUGAGCCUUUCAUUGUGCAAUUUAUCACAUGCUUGCAUAAUGAAGGUCUCCUGGACAGUGCACUACACAAAGCAACGACAGCUGAAGAAAUGAAUGAGAAGCCCACGAUGCGAGCCAAAUCGAAAGCAAAGGGAAGAGGAAGAGCCUGA